GGGGAAGGGGUCCACCUGAGCCAUGAGCCUGUGGGAGCCACGGCUGGUGGAGCCGAGCCUGGACCAGAAGGUCUACUUGGUGCUCAGCGUGAGCCUCGCCACCGUCUGCCUCCUCACCAAUGGCUUCCUCCUCUUCAUCUUCCUCCGGGGAUCGGCUCGGCUCCUUCAGUCUCACGUCCGGCAUCUCCUCCUCUUCAACCAGAUCGUUUCCGGGCUUUUCACCACCUUCAUCGUCGUCUAUCCCAUCCAGAUCAUCACCAGCCCUCUCACCCUCUCUUCGGACAGGAUCAGCGCGGGCUUCCUGAAGAACUACUCCAUCUGCUACCUGAGCAGUAGCGGAAUCCUGCUGCUGGCCAUCUUCUCCACCAUAUUCAACCUGAUACUCAUCGUCGGGGAGCAGUACUUAUUCAUCCUGCACCACAAGCGCAGCUGGAGCCUGAACGCGAACCUCACCCUGUGGAUGACCCUUCUGGGCUGCUCCUGGGUCGCGACCCUCGUCAUCGUCCUGCUCCCCGUCGUGGGGUGGAACAAUUGGGCCUCCACCCGGCUCUGCAUCAUUCCGGAUGCUUGGGACUCCCGCUUCACGCUGGGCAUCGCCGCUAUAUAUUUCUUCAGUGUGGCCGGACUCUUCCUGGCCUUCGUGAGGAUGUUCCAGCACGUGCGACGGCGGCAGCGGGCCAUCCUGGGUCUCCAUCACGUGGACACCGAGGAACUCCCCAUCUGCGAGGCGACCACCAUCAGCCGCCCGAUGCGGGACUUCGAGCCGCGGGACGUCGGCCCGGACACGUCCCUCGUCAAGAUCCGCUUCCUCCACGCCGUUAUCUGCGUGUGCACCCACGCCCCCAUGAUGGCCUACCUCCUAUCGCGGAAGGGUUGCGAGCUGGAGGCCUCCUGCCAUCGGCUCUCCCAGCACGACACGGACACCGUCCUCCUCUGGACCACCCUACCCGUCAUCUUCAAUGCCGUCUUCACCCCCGUCCUCUACACUUUCAUGGAGGAGCCCGUCACGACCGAGGCCGUCAAGUUCCUCCGAUCCCGGUUCUGCAAGGCCUGCUGCGUCAAGUACAACGCCAUCGCUCCUCAGAAUGGAGACGAGACGGAGCUCGAAGUGAACCAGACUUGAACCUGAUAUCUGAGAAGUCAAUAAAGAUAAAGGAGGAUCUUUCUUGCCG